ACACCCUUUGGCCUCCUGAGAGUAUUCAGCGUUGUGAUCCCUUUCCUGUAUGUUGGGACUCAGAUCAGUAAGAACUUCGCAGCCCUACUUGAAGAACACGAUAUCUUUGUCCCAGAGGAUGAUGACGAUGAUGAUUAAAGGAAUUGUAAUGGAAGAACAGAAGAGAGAAAACCAUUGACAAAGCAAUGGUUCCAACAUCUGUCACCUGUUUUGUCCUUUCUGAAUGGGACCGGGGGCUCUGUAUCCCCCUUGCCAGUGAGCAUCCUGCGCAUGUCUAAGAUGGAAACCUGUAGAUCAGGGUUGAAGGAAGUGCUUGAUAGGCCCUGCAUCCUUGCACACACACGCUUGCCUCAUCAAAAACUACUUGGGAUUCCUUUUAUCAGCAAUAUGGGAACCACUUAAUUAAAGAUCAAGAGAUUGAGAUG